CUACCUGGCCAGUGCAUCCGAGAUGAGAGCGCUGUCCAGAGCGGUCACAAUGGAGCAGUCUGGGAUAGCUCCCAGAGGCCAAUACUGUUGAAUUGUAUCCACGCUAACCCAAAUUCGACUUGGCAAUGUUGAUUUCAGUACUAAUCUCCUCGGGGAGGAGUACAGAAAUCAAUUUUAAGAGUCCAUUAAGUCGACAACAAUGCCUUCGUUGUGUGGAUGGGUGCAGGGUGAAAUCGAUCUAACGCUGCUAAAUUCAACCUACACUCGUAGUAUAGAUCAGGGCUGUGUUUUUCCACUGGAGGGGGUAAAUUAUGACGACUCUGAGAAUAGGGAGGUACCAGAUGCUGUUGUGAACUUGCCAAGCAUUGCAGCAGUAUCAGAGUGCCAUAGGAAAUUAGAAUCCUUAAUCCAGAAGAUUGAAGAGUAUGAGAAGAAAGAGAAGACCAAGUUCAGUGAAAGCCAUAGCAUUCAUGUUUUUAGGAGAUACUUGAAUAAGAUUUUAAUUGAAGCUGGAAGACUUGGCCUUCCUGAUGAAAACAUUGGUGAUGUGCAUUAUGAUGCUGAGAUCAUCCUUACAAGUCAGGCUCUUUUGGAGAUCAACAGAUUUCUCAAUGAGGAGGACUGGAAAUCAGGCGCUUUGGAUGAUGCAGUUAGUGAUAUUCUGAUUAAUUUUAAACAUCAUGAUUAUGAAGUUUGGAAAUGGAGGUUUGAGGACACUUUUGGAGUUGAUCCAUAUAAUUUGCUUAUGGUACUCUUGUGUUUGGUGUGCAUUACAGUAACUGUAGCUACUGAGCUAUGGACACACAUUGGUUGGUGUACUCAGGUAAAACGCAUUUUAUUCAUCAGUUUUCUCAUCAGUUGUGGAUGGAACUGGAUCUACUUAUAUAAGACUAAAACUGCGAUGAAAAUUAACACAAGUGUGAUUAGUAUACUUUCGUUCAGAAAUAUUGUUGGGAUAGCCUUUGCACAGCAUCAAGCUGAAGUGGCCAAAAUGGGAAAUUAUGACAAAGUAUGUGAUGAGAAGCUGGACUGGAGUGAGAGUCUUUUUGAAUGGUUUAGAAGUUCGUGGACAUUCCAGGAUGAUCCUUGUCAGAAGUACUAUGAAACAAUACUAGUAAAUCCCAUUUGGCUAGUCCCCCCAACAAAGGCAUUGGCUGUUACAUUUACCAAUUUUGUAACAGAACCAUUGAAACAUAUAGGGCAAGGAAUUGGUGAAUUUAUUAAAGCCCUUAUGAAGGAGAUACCAAUGAUGCUACAGAUUCCAGUGUUAAUCAUCCUAGCUGUGGCUGUUCUGGGUUUCUGCUAUGGUGCGGGAAGAUCAGUUGCUACACUAAUACAUUUAACAGGUCCUGAGCGGAAACCAUCUCCUUCACUUCCUUCAAGUGAUAGACAACAGGAACAAAUACAUUAUAGUGCAGGUGAUUCAGAGGCCAGCUACAGAAGGAAUGUUGGUGCCCUCAGUGGAGAGCCUCAUGACAGAAGAGAUGAUCACAUGAGACUUCAAAAUGGCAACAGAAGCUCUGACGUUCUGCCACCAGGUGGUGCACUAAAAGCACAAAGAGAAGAGCAUCACAAGUGUGGAUGGCACCCUGUGUCUCAAUGUCAAACUAUUUUUAGAGUGAAAACCAAUGCAGAUCAAAACAGUGAUAAAGAGAUUGCACCUGAAAAACACAAACUGCACACGAUUGGAGUUGAACAAGAGUCUGAAAAGAAUUGUGAACCUCAAGCAAGUUGUAGCUCAAAAAAGGAGAAAACAAAUAAGCAAAACUCAAUUGAUAAAACAGGAGAUCUUGAAAAGAUGGAAAAGGGCAGUCCACCUCAACUAAUGGAAGGCACAGAGGAAACUAAAGAAUCUUUGAACUCUACUGGUUUGUGCUAUGGCGCACGAAAAUCAGUUGCUACAUUAAGAGAUUUUAAAAGCCUGGAGCAGGAACCAUCUCCUUCACUUCCUCCAAGUGACAGACAGCACUGGGAACAAAUAAAUUGUAGUGCAGGUGAUUCAGAUGCCAAUUACAGAGGGAAUAUUAGUCCCCUCAGUAGAGGACCUUAUGACAGAGGAGAUGCUCACAUGAGACUUCAAAAUAGCAACAGCAGUCCUGAAGUUCUGCCAGCCGGUGAUAUACCAGACCCACAAAGAGAAGAGCAUCACAAGGUAGCAUUCAGUGAACAAAGUCAGCAGCCUACUACUGAAAAUCUUCCAGAAACCCCUUAGGUCCCUGGUUUUAUCUUCCUGAUGCAAUGGAACCUCAGUGGAGGUGAAAGUGCAGCAAUUAAAGAAAUAGUAAUUUAUCAAUGCCAGUUGGCAAGUGACACUACCUGUGGCUUGUCCCUUAAUCCAGAAGACUGGAUUCCAAGUGAAUUCUCAUCCUUCAGAUUUUUGCUCCUUAUGGAUCAACACUACCCCUAUGAAACUGUUUAUACAAGUCUUGUGAUGGAGAACUAGCCAAUUGUAUGCAUUUCAAAGCAAACCAAGCCAGGUGGUAAAGCAAGAGCUUAUUUUUGCAUUUAAAUAAAGUAGCUUUUUAAGAAAAAAAAAA